GGCCAAUUAUCCCUCCGUGUGGACCGUUUCGAUAUUUUAUGGUGCUCAUUGAUGCAUCAACACGUUCGUCACAUGUCAGUCUUUUAUCGACUAGAAAUUUUGCAUUUGCAAAUCUCCUUGCUCAAAUUAUUCGUUUGAGAUCACAAUUUCCGGAUUAUUCGAUAAAGAAAAUCCGACUUGAUAAUGCAGGAGAAUUCACAUCCCAAUCUUUUAAUGACUAUUGCAUGUCAAUUGGGAUUGAUGUGGAACAUCCAGUUCCACAUGUACAUACACAAAAUGGUCUUGCCGAAUCCUUAAUUAAGCGAUUACAAUUAAUUGCUAGACCAUUAUUGAUGAAAUCCAGAUUACCAUCAUCUGCAUGGGGAUAUGCUAUAAUGCAUGCUGCAAAUUUAAUUCGGCUUAGGCCAACGGCAUAUCAUAAAUUUUCCCCAUUACAAUUAAUAUCUGGUAAAGAACCAAAUAUAUCACACAUAAAAAUAUUUCGUUGUUCUGUGUAUGUACCAAUUGCUCCACCUUAUCGUACUAAAAUGGGUCCUCAAAGAAGGCUGAGAAUUUAUGUUGGUUUUAAAUCACCCUCAAUUAUUAAUUAUCUAGAACCUAUGACCGGUGACUUAUUCACCGCGCGGUUCGAUGACUGUCAUUUUGAUGAGACAUUAUUCCCAACCUUAGGGGGAGAUAUUAAAGAGAUGGACCCACGUACGAAAGAUAUUACUUGGAAUGCAACAAAUUUAUCUUUUCUUGAUUCUCGCACAAAUGCUUGUGAACAAGAAAUUCAAAAGAUUAUUCAUUUACAAAAUGUUGCAAACCAGUUGCCUGAUGCUUUCAUAGACUCAAAGAAAGUGACAAAGUCACAUGUUCCAGCUAUGAAUGCUCCUUCUCGAAUAGAAAUUCCUGCGGAGAUUAGCGAAAGAACUCUUGCUAAUGAAUCUAUGAUACGUAAAAAAUGUUGUAGACCACUUGGUUCAAGAGAUUUGAAACCAAGAAAAUUUAAACAACAAGUUGUAGUUUGUGAUGCCAAAGAAGUUCAACCUUCUCAAGAAGAAAAUGAACAUUUUGAAAAUAUCGGCUUUGAAGAUAACAUCAAUAAUAAAGAUACCUCAAAAGAGGAUCCAAUCACCUUCGAAGAGGUAAAUAUUCCAGAUAAAGAUAGAAACGUCGAUAAUUUCGAAAUUUCAAUUAAUUACGUUUCUAAUGGAAUACAAUGGAAUAGAAAUGAUAUUGAUGUUAAUGAUAUAUUUUCAUAUGCCAUCGCCACAGAUAUAAUGAAUGAACACGAUGACAAUGAGCCUAAAUCUAUUGACGAAUGUCGUCGUAGAAAUGAUUGGCCAAAAUGGAAUGAAGCAAUUCAGGUAGAAUUAAAAUCGCUAGAAAAGCGUAAUGUUUUUGGACCAAUUGUCCAUACGCCAAAAGGCGUAAAACCUGUCGGUUUUAAAUGGGUUUUUGUGCGUAAACGCAACGAGAAAAAUGAAAUCGUUAGAUACAAAGCCCGACUUGUUGCCCAAGGUUUUUCUCAAAUGCCAGGAAUCGAUUAUGAUGAGACGUAUUCUCCAGUAGUUGAUGCUACAACUUUAAGAUUUUUAAUCGGCAUGUCUAUUUUUGAAAGACUGCAAAUGCGCCUAAUGGAUGUAGUGACCGCAUAUUUAUACGGUUCACUCGAUACAGACAUAUAUAUGAGAAUUCCUGGUGGCUUUAAAAUAUCUGAUGCUUAUUGCUCGAAAUCUCGAGAUUUAUUUUCCAUAAAGUUGCAAAAGUCAUUAUAUGGAUUAAAACAAUCUGGACGCAUGUGGUAUAACCGUCUCAGUGAAUAUUUGAUUAAAGAAGGAUAUAAAAAUGAUCCUAUUAGUCC